AUGUUGGCCUUGCAGGAGUAUAGUAAUACUUCAUUUGGAGGAACUGAUACAGACAUCAACAUCUCAUGCGGGGAAAGCGGCUAUAACACGAUGUCCGACUCCAUCAACCCAACCCCAAAUUCCACACCGACGCCUGGAUCCAUACUCGCGCGCAUAUCGCUCAUGCCAGCUGGUGAGCGACACGGAUUAUCGCACUCUCCAAUUGUUAAAAAGAAGCGACAUGUUUGUACUUUUGAUGGCUGUGUCAGGGCCUACGGGAAAUUGUCUCACCUGAAGUCGCAUAUAAGGACACACACAGGUAUGUGCGUAGUUUAGCAGUACAUGUACAUGCUGACCACACCGGCCGCGUUGCGUGCGCGAGCUUUGCAAAAUAAAUGUUCACAUACAUGUUAUUCAAUCAUUUCAUCCAAACUGCUCGCGCGAGUCAACGAUCGUCUGUGUAGCCAAACGCUAAAAUGAACUUGGUUCUAUUUUAAACGCUUGAUCAAUCAAUCAAUCAAUUUUAUUUUAUAUAGCCCUUCUUACAUCAGCUAAUAUCUCGAAGUGCUGUACAGAAACCCAGCCUAAAACCCCAAACAGCUAGUAAUGCAGGUGUAGAAGCACGGUGGCUAGGAAAAACUCCCUAGAAAGGCAAAACCUAGGAAGAAACCUAGAGAGGAACCAGGCUAUGAGGGGUGGCCAGUCCUCUUCUGGCUGUGCCGGGUGGAGAUUAUAACAGAACCAUGCCAAGAUGUUCAAAAAUGUUCAUAAGUGACAAGCAUGGUCAAAUAAUAAUCAGGAAUAAAUCUCAGUUGGCUUUUCAUAGCCGAUCAUUAGAGUUUAAAACAGCAGGUCUGGGACAGGUAGGGGUUCCAUAACCGCAGGCAGAACAGUUUAAACUGGAAUAGCAGCAAGGCCAGGCGGACUGGGGAUAGCAAGGAGUCACCACGGCCGGUAGUCCCGACGUAUGGUCCUAGGGCUCAGGUCUCUCAGUUGGCUUUUCAUAGCCGAUCAUUUAGAGUUGAAAACAGCAGGUCUGGGACAGGUAGGGGUUUCGUAGCCGCAGGCAGAACAGUUGAAACUGGAAUAGCAGCAAGGCCAGGCGGACUGGGGGCAGCAGGGUGUCAUCAUGCCCGGUAGUCCUGACGUAUGGUCCUAGGGCUCAGGUUCUCAGAGAGAAAGAGAGAACGAGAGAAUUAGAGAGAGCAUACUUAAAUUCACACAGGACACUGGAUAAGACAGGAGAAGUACUCCAGGUAAAACCAACUAACCCCAGCCCCCCGACACAUAAACUACUGCAGCAUAAAUACUGGAGGCUGAGACAGGAGCGGUCCGGAGACACUGUGGCCCCAUCCGAAGAAACCCCCGGACAGGGCCAAACAGGAAGGAUAUAACCCCACCCACUCCGCCAAAGCACAGCCCCCGCACCACUAGAGGGAUAUCCCCAACCACCAACUUACAAUCCUGAGACAAGGCCGAGUAUAGCCCACAGAGGUCUCCACCACAGCACAAACCAAGGGGGGGGGGGCGCCAACCCAGACAGGAAGAUCACGUCAGUAACUCAACCCACUCAAGUGACGCACCCCUCCCAGGGACGGCAUGAAAGAGCACCAGCAGGCCAGUGACUCAGCCCCUGCAACAGGGUUAGAGGCAGAGAACCCCAGUGGAGAGGGGAACCGGCCCGGCAGAGACAGCAAGGGCUGUUCGUUGCUCCAGCCUUUCCGUUCACCUUCACACUCCUGGGCCAGACUACACUCAAUCAUAUGACCUACUGAAGAGAUAAGUCUUCAGUAAAGACUUAAAGGUUGAGACCGAGUCUGCGUCUCUCACAUGGGUAGGCAGACUGUUCCAUAAAAAUGGAGAUCUAUAGGAGAAAGCCCUGCCUCCCGCUGUUUGCUUAGAAAUUCUAGGGACAAUUAGGAGGCCUGCGUCUUGUGACCGUAGCGUACGUAUUGGUAUGUACGGCAGGACCAACUCGGAAAGAUAGGUAGGAGCAAGCCCAUGUAACGCUUUAUAGGUUAACAGUAAAACCUUGAAAUCAGCCCUUGCCUUAACAGGAAGCCAGUGUAGGGAAGCUAGCACUGGAGUAAUAUGAUCAAAUUUCUUGGUUCUAGUCAGGAUUCUAGCAGCCGUAUUUAGCACUAACUGAAGUUUAUUUAGUGCUUUAUCCGGGUAGCCGGAAAAUAGAGCAUUGCAGUAGUCUAAUCUAGAAGUAACAAAUGCAUGGAUUAAUUUUUCUGCAUCAUUUUUGGACAGAAAAUUUCUGAUUUUUGCAAUGUUACGUAGAUGGAAAAAAGCUGUCCUUGAAACAGUCUUGAUAUGUUCGUCAAAAGAGAGAUCAGGGUCAAGAGUAACGCCUAGGUCCUUCACAGUUUUAUUUGAGACGACUUUACAACCAUCAAGAUGAAUUGUCAGAUUUAACAGAAGAUCUCUUUGUUUCUUGGGACCUAGAACAAGCAUCUCUGUUUUGUCCGAGUUUAAAAGUAAAAAGUUUUCAGCCAUCCACUUCCUUAUGUCUGAAACACAGGCUUCUAGCGAGGGCAAUUUUGGGGCUUCACCAUGCUUCAUUGAAAUGUACAGCUGUGUGUCAUCCGCAUAGCAGUGAAAGUUAACAUUAUGUUUUCGAAUAACAUCCCCAAGAGGUAAAAUAUAUAGUGAAAACAAUAGUGGUCCUAAAACGGAACCUUGAGGAACACCGAAAUGUACAGUUGAUUUGUCGGAGGACAGACCAUUCACAGAGACAAACUGAUAUCUUUCCGACAGGUAGGAUCUAAACCAGGCCAGAACUUGUCCGUGUAGACCAAUUUGGGUUUCCAGUCUCUCCAAAAGAAUGUGGUGAUCGAUGGUGUCAAAGGCAGCACUAAGGUCUAGUAGCACGAGGACAGAUGCAGAGCCUCGGUCUGACGCCAUUAAAAGGUCAUUUACCACCUUCACAAGUGCAGUCUCAGUGCUAUGAUGGGGUCUAAAACCAGACUGAAGCAUUUCGUAUACAUUGUUUGUCUUCAGAAAGGCAGUGAGUUGCUGCGCAACAGCUUUUUCUAAAAUUUUUGAGAGGAAUGGAAGAUUCGAUAUAGGCCGAUAGUUUUUUAUAUUUUCCGGGUCAAGGUUUGGCUUUUUCAAGAGAGGCUUUAUCACUGCCACUUUUAGUGAGUUUGGUACACAUCCGGUGGAUAGAGAGCUGUUUAUUAUGUUCAACAUAGGAGGGCCAAGCACAGGAAGCAGCUCCUUCAGCAGUUUAGUAGGAAUAGGAUCCAGUAUGCAGCUUGAAGGUUUAGAGGCCAUGAUUAUUUUCAUCAUUGUGUCAAGAGAUAUAGUAUUAAAACACUUAAGUGUCUCUCCCGAUCCCAGGCCCUCGCAGAGCUGUGCAGAUCCAGGACAGCUAAGCCCUGGAGGAAUACGCAGAUUCAAAGAGGAGUCCGUAAUUUGCUUUCUAAUGGUCAUGAUCUUUUCCUCAAAGAAGUUCAUGAAUUUAUCACUGCUGAAGUGAAAACCAUCCUCUCUUGGGGAAUGCUGCUUUUUAGUUAGCUUUGCAACAGUAUCAAAAAGAAAUUUUGGAUUGUUCUUAUUUUCCUCGAUUAAUUUGGAAAAGUAGGAUGAUCGAGCAGCAGUGAGGGCUCUUCGGUACUGCACGGUACUGUCUUUCCAAGCUAGUCGGAAGACUUCCAGUUUGGUGUGGCGCCAUUUCCGUUCCAAUUUCCUGGAAGCUUGCUUCAAAGCUCGGGUAUUUUCUGUAUACCAGGGAGCUAGUUUCUUAUGACAAAUGUUUUUCGUUUUUAGGGGUGCAACUGCAUCUAGGGUAUUGCGCAAGGUUAAAUUUAGUUCCUCAGUUAAGUGGUUAACUGAUUUUUGUCCUCUGACGUCCUUGGGUAGGCAGAAGGAGUCUGGAAGGGCAUCAAUGAAUUUUUGUGUUGUCUGAGAAUUUAUAGCACGACUUUUGAUGCUCCUUGGUUGGGGUCUGAGCAGAUUAUUUGUUGCGAUUGCAAACGUAAUAAAAUGGUGGUCCGAUAGUCCAGGAUUUUGUGGAAAAACAUUAAGAUCUACAACAUUUAUUCCAUGGGACAAAACUAGGUCCAGAGUAUGACUGUGGCAGUGAGUAGGUCCAGAGACAUGUUGGACAAAACCCACUGAGUCGAUAAUGGCUCCGAAGGACUUUUGGAGUGGGUCUGUGGACUUCUCCAUGUGAAUAUUAAAAUCACCAAAAAUUAGAAUAUGAUCUGCUAUGACUACAAGGUCUGAUAGGAAUUCAGGAAACUCAGAGAGGAACGCUGUAUAUGGCCCAGGAGGCCUGUAAACAGUAGCUAUAAAAAGUGAUUGAGUAGGCUGCAUAGAUUUCAUGACUAGAAGCUCGAAAGAUGAAAACGUCAUUUUUUUUUUUGUAAAUUGAAAUUUGCUAUCGUAAAUGUUAGCAACACCUCCGCCUUUGCGGGAUGCACGGGGAAUGCACGGGGAAUGUGCUGCAAGUCCCGUCUCUCCCAUCCCCUCAUUGUUUUUUAGGAACAUACAGUGCAUUCCUAAAGUAUUAAGACCCCUUGACUUUUUCCACAUUUUGUUACGUUACAGCCAUAUUCUAAAAUUGAUUAAAUUGUUUUUUUCCCCCUCAUCAAUCUGCACACAAUACCCCAUAAUGACAAAGCAAAAACAGGUUUUUAGAAAUGUUUGCAAAUGUAUAAAAAAUUAAAAACGUUUAUCACAUUUUAAUAAAUAUUCAGACCCUUUACUCAGUACUUUGUUGAAUCACAUUUUGCAGUGAUUACAGCCUCGAAUCUUCUUGGAUAUGACACUACAAGCUUGGCACACCUGUAUCUGUGGAGUUUCUUCCAUUCUUCUCUGCAGAUCCUCUCAAACUCUGUCAGGUUGGAUGGGGAGCGUCGCUGCACAGCUAUUUUCAGGUCUCCAGAGAUGUUCGAUCGGGUUCAAGUCCGGGCUCUGGCUGGGCCACUCAAGGACAUUCAUAGACUUGUCCCGAAACCACUCCUGCGUUGUCUUGGCUGUGUGCUUAGGGUCGUUGUCCUGUUGGAAGGUGAACCUUCACCCCAGUCUGACGUCCUGAAUGCUCUGGAGCAGGUUUUCAUCAAGGAUCUCUGUACUUUGCUCCGUUCAUCUUUCCCUCGAUCCUGACUAGUCUCCCAGUCCCUGCCGUUGAAAAACAUCCCCACAGCACGAUGCUGCCACCACCAUGCUUCACCGUAGGGAUGGUGCCAGGUUUCCUCCAGACGUGACACUUGGCAUUCAGGCCAAAUAGUUAAUUAUUGGUUUCAUCAGACCAGAGAAUCUUGUUUCUCAUGGUCUGAGAGACCUUUAGGUGCCCUUUGGCAAACUCCAAGUGGGCUGUCAUGUGCCAUUUACUGAGGAGUGGCUUCUGUUUUGCCACUCUACCAUAAAGGCCUGAUUGGUGGAGUGCUGCAGAGAUGGUUGUCCUUCUGGAAGGUUCUCCCAUCUCCACAGAGGAACUCUGGAGCUCUGUCAAAGUGGUCUUUGGUCACCUCCCUGACCAAGGCCCUUAUCCCCCGAUUGCUCAGUUUGGCUGGGCGGCCAGCUCUAGGAAGUGUCUUGGUGGUUCCAAACUUCUUCCUUCCUUCCUGUUUUCUUGGGGACCUUCAAUGCUGCAGAAAUGUUUUGGUACCCUUCCCCACAUCUGUGCCUCGACACAAUCCUGUCUUGGAGCUCUACGGACAAUUCCUUCGACCUCAUGGGUUGGUUUUUGCGCUGACAUGCACUGUCAACUGUGGGACCUUUAUUUAGACAGGUGUGUGCCUUUCCAAAUAAUUUCCAAUCAAUUGAAUUUACCACGUGGACUCCAAUCAAGUUGUAGAAACAUCAAGGAUGAUCAAUGGAAACAGGAUGCACCUGAGCUCAUAGCAAAGGGUCUGAAUACUUAUGUAAAUAAUGUAUGUUAAAUUUGUUCUAAAUUUGCAAACAUUUCUAAAAACCUGUUUUUACUUUGUCAUUUUGGGGUAUUGGAUGUUGAUUGAUGAGGGGGGAAAAUCAUUGUAUUAAUUUUAUAAUAAGGCUGUAACAUAACAAUGUGGAUAAAGGGAAAAGGUCUGAAUACUUUCCGAAGCCACUGUAUACCCAUGUGGGUGAUUUAAAGAUGAACUGCGGUCCACACUCCAGUCCAGUUGGUUGCCAACCGCCAUAUAAAAUCCACAGAAGAAGGAGAUUAAAGGAGGAGAGAUUACUAAAAAUGGACUAGGUUUCCCCUUUUAUCUGUGGAUUAAUUGUCGGAGUAGAGAACACAUGAUUUUGUGUGACUCAAAAUUUGGCAAAAUUCUACAGAUAUCCAGCAAAAGAAAGGAACUUGUACAAGCUAGCUAGCUAACUGUCCAUGAAUGUUUCAUGUGUUUCGACCUGUCUCCAAAUUAAUAUAGUUGGUUCAGAGUUAGUUUUGAUAUUUCAACCUGCGUGUCCUGAUCACGUCUGUGUGGAUGGACAAAUCAACAUGCGGCAUUGGUGCACGUGGACGCACGCGCGUGCCUCCAUGCUUGGUGGUCUAUUAUUAGUCUGUUACAGUCCAAUGUAAUGGACGACCGCGCAAUAAGAGGCUAUACGAAGCGACACGUUUUGUAGGUUACGUUUGAUGGCUGUGUCAGGGCAUAUGGGAAAGUAUCGCGAUCUGAAGUUGCACAUAAGGAAACACACAGGUAGGUUUAUGUGUGUGGCUUAGCAGUUAGCCUCCAUUGGUCGUCUAUUAGCCUACAGGUUAAUGUAAUGGACGACCGAGCAAUCAAGGCUAUGAUUAGCAUGUGUGUGCGUCGCAUACAGAGUAGUGACUGUUUCUUCAUUCCAUCCCAGGUGAGAAGCCCUACAACUGCACCUGGCCCGACUGUGACAAGAAGUUCUCCCGUUCUGAUGAACAAAUUCGCCACCUGCGGACUCACACAGGCGAGAAACAGUUCCAGUGCCCACUGUGUGCCAUGCGCUUCAUGCGAAGCGACCACCUGCUCAAGCAUGCCCGCCGCCACCCUGGUUUCGAACCGUCCAUGAUCAGCCAUAAGGGUAACCCAAUAAUGGACUAAAGGAGCCUAACGUCACUCCUUAUAGUCCAAGGACAUUACAUGCUCUGUUUUAAGGCGAAUUGGCUCUGGAAGCCAAAACAGCCAAAUACUCAAUCUAAACGUGAAUCGAUUCUCAAUUGCGGUACGGUUCUAGAAACAUAAGUCCCUUAAUUUUCAUAUCACAUCAAAAUAAUUUCACAAAUGCAAAAUACAUACUUACUGUUUUAACUGUAACUGCCUUCGUCCAAUGACUCUUGUGUAAUGUAAUGGAACUGAGUCAUGAUCAAGGGCUAGCGUAAGGGGGGAGGUAGGGCCUGGGGUGUAUUCAUUAGUCAGAUUUUGUAGAAAAACGUUUGGUCUGUUGCAAAACGUUUUGCAACAGAAACAGUUUACUCCAAACUGAAAAUGUUUUGCAAUGAAAACAAGUUUCUAUUGGACAAAUUCAGGUAGGCCCCCUCCCUGUUUCAUUCAGUUUGCUUCCGUUUGGUUCCUAGAGUAAACGGUUUCCUUGCAACACGUUUUGCAACAGACCAAACGUUUUGCAAUUGAAUCUGACUAAUGAAUAGACCUCUGGUCAGACCAAUGGAUCUCCACUGGAAGCAGAGGUGCGGGAAAAUGAGAGGAAGAGGUUCUGUAGCCAUAUCCUGGUCCCAGGUCUGUCUUAAGACAACUCCUUUGACUAUUGUCAUGAUGCCAUACAUUCAUGUUUGGCUUGACAAGGAACACACGCAGCACAGCAGAGUUGGCUAAAGCACACAUACAGAUGGGACCAGGCUACUGUAGCCUACUUCUCAGAUAACUCAUCUUGUAUUAUUGAUGAGCAAUACCCACUGGUUAGGUUUCGUUAAUGCUAAGAUAAUAGGUAAUGUUUAAGUUUUGUACGUUUAUAGCUUUUGGUAUAGUGGAGAGAAUAGUAAGAUUACUGUAGAUAGCAAUUGUUUAUGGAAUAGUCCUUAUAUUAGGGAAACGAACUGCUGGUACUGUACUAUAGUUAUGUUAAACUGUUUGUCUGUUAAACUGAGCUCUGAGAGCAAUAAGACAUGCCAUUUUCCAACAAUGGCACUUUGUCAAUAGGUGUUUUCUGAUUCGUUUUUUUUUUAUCGCUUUGGUGCAAUUUUCACAAGUAUGUUGUACAUUUUCACAACGCUUUGUACAAAACUCAAAACAGAUCAUCAAAAAAAGGCAGUUGUUUCAAAACCUUAAGCACAUUAUUCAAUUGACUAAGUACAACACACAAUCAUAGUCAGUUUUUCACCAAACUUAAGUGUUUCAUCUAGAAAUACGUUUCACAUUGGAAUACAUGUUCAUAUAAAGUAAUUGCCUUUCACAAUGCAAUGCUCACAUUACUUUUGAUAUGAUUGUCUUCUCAUUUGUUUAAAUACAUUUAACUAUGACUUAAUCCGACUGCUCUUAAUUGAUAAUCACUUAACCAUUUGGUAAACCUAUAUAAUGUUUUCUCUGCAACAUAUUUUGAGAAUAAUGAAAAUGUAUGUUUGUAAGGUAUGAACAUAUAAAGUAUUAUAUAUACUGUAAUGUAAUAUUAUGAUUUUACUUCAGUAAGUUAAAAGAAAUUGGAUAUUGAGAAGAUCAGAGAUGUAUUGUAUGUAAUGCAUCCCCUAUACAGUAAACAUGGAUCCAAAAUGAAGUUGCUGGGGUCUGGUGGGGUGUUUCACACUGCUUUCUAAUAUUGCAUUGGCCAACACAGUAAUACCAGAACAUAUGCAAAUAACGUAGCAGCUGUUUUUAUCCAAAGCAACAAGUGAGUCCACACAUUGUAAGUGACCCCAGUGGGAAUCGAACCCACACAGGACCACUACAAUACAUAAGUACAGUACAAUACAAGUGGAAGGUGUAUGAUCGCCAUUCCCCAUGAGUGUACCACCCUCCUCCAGGUCAUGGAUAAGGCAUGUAAUGACAUCAAUCGAGACCUAUGGCAGGCUUGGAUUCGCCGUGCCAAAAGGGGUUUUCCCCAGGUGCAUGAACAAUGAGCAUGUUACAGAAGCGAAUUAUGUCGAUGAGAACCUAUGGCCAAAUGCUCAAGACAGACUUGAUGUAAAGUAGUGCCUGCUAAACGUCAUGUUUCUUUCAUUUCAAAAAAGUAUUUGAUCCCCUGCUGAUUUUGUACAUUUGCCCACUGACAAAGAAAUGAUCAGUCUAUAAUUUUAAUGGUAGGUUUAUUUGAACAGUGAGAGACAGAAUAACAAAAAAAAAUCCAGAGAAACGCAUGUCAAAAAUUUUAUAAAUUUAUUUGCAUUUUAAUGAGGGAAAUAAGUAUUUGACCCCCUCUCAAUCAGAAAGAUUUCUGGCUCCCAGGUGUCUUUUAUACAGGUAACGAGCUGAGAUUAGGAGCCAAGACCAAAGAGCUCUCCAAGGAUGUCAGGGACAAGAUUGUAGACCUACACAAGACUGGAAUGGGCUACAAGACCAUUGCCAAGCAGCUUGGUGAAAAGGUGACAACAGUUGGUGCGAUUAUUUGCAAAUGGAAGAAGCACAAAAUAACUGUCAAUCUCCCUCGGCCUGGGGCUCCAUGCAAGAUCUCACCUCGUGGACUUGCAAUGGUCAUGAGAACGGUGAGGAAUCAGCCCAGAACUACACGGGAGGAUCUUGUCAAUGAUCUCAAGGCAGCUGGGACCAUAGUCACCAAGAAAACAAUUGUUAACACACUACGCCGUGAAGGACUGAAAUCCUGCAGCGCCCGCAAGGUCCCCCUGCUCAAGAAAGCACAUAUACAGGCCCGUCUGAAGUUUGCCAAUGAACAUCUGAAUGAUUCAGAGGAGAACUGGGUGAAAGUGUUGUGGUCAGAUGAGACCAAAAUCAAGCUCUUUGGCAUCAACUCAACGUGUUUGGAGGAGGAGGAAUGCUGCCUAUGACCCCAAGAACACCAUCCCCACCGUCAAACAUGGAGGUGGAAACAUUAUGCUUCAGGGGUGUUUUUCUGCUAAGGGGACAGGACAACUUCACCACGUCAAAGGGACGAUGGACGGGGCCAUGUACCGUCAAAUAUUGGUGAGAACCUCCUUCCCUCAGCCAGGGCAUUGAAAAUUGGUUGUGGAUGGGUAUUCCAGCAUGACAAUGACCCAAAACACACAGCCAAGGCAACAAAGGAGUGGCUCAAGAAGAAGCACAUUAAGGUCCUGGAGUGGCCUAGCCAGUCUCCAGACCUUAAUCCCAUAGAAAAUCUGUGGAGGGAGCUGAAGGUUCGAGUUGUUCAAAUAAACCUACCAUUAAAAUUAUAGACUGAUCAUGUCUUUGUCAAUGGGCAAACGUACAAAAUCAGCAGGGGAUCAAAUACUUUCCCCCCCCCUCACUGUAUGUUGUAAUUAUAUCUGAACAAUACAUUUAUUUUAGAAAUCAAUGAUCGUGAAAUAUGUCUUCAAUGAUCACACAUGGGAUAGAAUAUUUUUAUUUAAAAUAUUGAAAGUGUAUUGCUAAAUGUGAAAAGUGUAAUGUACUGUAAUUUACAGUACUGUAGAAUAUUAUAUUCAAAGGGCAAUUUUUACACAGUGUACAAAACAGGAACACCUGUUUCUAUGACAGACUGGCAAAGUGAAAGCUAUGAUCCCUAAUUGAUGUCACUUGUUAAAUCCACUUCAAUCAGUGUAGAUGAAGGGGAGGAGACAUGUUAAAGAAGGAUUUUUAAGCCUUGAGACAUGAAUAGUGUAUGUGUGCCAUUCAGGGGGUGAAUGGGCAAGACAAAAGAUUGAAGUGCCUUUGAAUGGGGUAUGGUAGCAGCACUGGUUUGAGUGUGUCAAGAACUGCAAUGCUGCUGGGUUUUUCACGCUCAGUUUCCCAUGUGUAUCAAGCAACCCAGUAUCACAGAUGAUUGUGAAAUAGACACAAAUUGCUUAUUUGUGUUGUGCAGUACACGAUUUUGCAUUACAAUCACAGAUAAAAACAGUCGGUUACUUAAGAAAGAAAUGAUAGGAGGGUGGUUGGUUGGGGAGAAUGGGUGGGAGUAUAACGCGAACGUAUAUCAACCCAAAAGUUGUGUGUUCGAAUCUCAUAAUUAACUUCACAGGGUGGUGAAAGUGCAAGGUGAUGAGCUUGAUGCGCUUUCCAAUCAAUAUCGAGGGUCUUAUACUGGUCACAUGAUCAUCGAUGCUGGGCUGCCAUUUGACAAAUAAAAAUAUAUCUUGCUCUUUUGUCCAUAAUCAUCUCAUGUAGGCUAUACUGCACUCUGCUGGCUAGAGUGCACAUGCCAAUACCAGAGUGGGCACUGGCUAUAGAAAGGCAACAUUUUUAGGCAGAAAACCAUCAGUAGUGUUAUUUUAUUCGGUACAUGGGAAUUUAAUUACAUCAUCACGCACAGCCUUUUAUCUGAAACAAGUCAAUUUGAUGGAAUCACAUCUCUGGUGGGAAAAUGCGUUAAUUGUUUUUAAGCCGAUUUUUGAAUAUUCGCAUGAAAAUCUGUCGCCAAUUGGAUGGAAACCUAGCUAUUGUAUCACUUCAAUUUAUAGUAAAGAAAUGACCAAGUAGAUUUUUAAAUGGUAAUUACACAGUAAUAACCCAUUAGUUAGGCUACUUGUUUGUACCAGAAUAAUAAUUCGAAGUAUCGUUCAACCAUGUAAAUCUUAUAAAUUGUUAAAAGGGUCAAUCAAACAACACCAAUCAUAGUAAUGAUCAUUUAUUUAGGUAGAGAAUUAUUUCGCAGUGAAUAAGUACACAAACUGAGUUCAUGAGAGAAAAAUCACAAGUGCUGCAUGAGAAUCAUGACAGGGAGAAUCGACCACAGUACACGUUAUGACCAAUAACAGACCAGUACACUGCGCUCAGUGAGAUGGCCAGAAUGUCAGUAUUAGAGAAAGAGUGUUAUAGUAAAAACCACAGCGUGAUGGAGAGAAUAGGUAUUAAAAUGUAGGAGUGUAUAUGGCACAGUAGGGACCGGUUUCAGUGUGUGGGUUAGACAGGUGGGGUGGAGGUGUUAAUGCUGGUUAGGAGUGUGUGGGUUAGACAGGUGGGGUGGAGGUGUUAAUGCUGGUUAGGAGUGUGUGGGAGCCGGUAUCUGUGGGAUUCCGUUAAGGGGGGGGUUGUGUGUCGGUGUGUUGAGGCCUAGGUACAGGAGGAACUGAAUUAGUGUCAGUGUGGGCUAGUGUGCAAAUGUAAUUCAAAUCAUCUGUAACUCAAACUAUUGGGGGUGAGUGUUUGGGUGAGGCUCGGUGCACAGGGGGCUGGCUGUUCAGAAUGUUGUAGAUAAAAAAGUAAUGUAUGAACAGACAUGCCUAUUCUGAACGACAGUCAAACGAAAAUAUCUAUCUGAACAUCCUGUAAGCGGCUCGGCACACUUUAAGCAAACGGAUCACAAUGCAGUACGUGAAUGUAGUAUUUCAUCACAAAAUAGGUCGCUCCUUUGUUGCUUGCUACGCAGCUUUUCACCACUCAAAGUUUGAAACGGAACAUAUUAUUCCUUGCACUACGGUGGGGGACACUUGUGUAGAUAAUGAGGCUGUAUUACACCAAACUCGCUUGGUUGAAAUGAAACAGUUCCUUUUUCGGCACAAAGUUGUUUCACUUCACAAAAUUACUAUUAACUUAAAUUGCAAAAACAAAUAAGCACCAGUGCUGCUAUAAAUCUGUGAAAACAAGUGCUGAAAGCAUAAACGCCGUUGAUAAACUUUAAAAACUGCAACAUUUUCUCUCUGCCCCAUGGAACAAUGUGUAGCUAGAAUUGCAAGAAAUUAACUUUAAAAUAGAAAAAUUCUCUGCCGCCAAGAAGGGGGCUCUAAAAAUGUUCUUACCUAGUGCCCGGACCGCAUUCAGCCGCGUCAACGGGCUGAACAUAAUCGGAAUUAACAUUUAAUUUAAAAACAUGGUCUUCAGUCACCCUCUCCAAGUUUUAUUGAUAUACACUGUAUACAAAAAAUUAGGAAGACCUUCCUAAUAUUGAGUUGCACCCCCUUUUGCCCUCAGAACAGCCUCAAUUCGUUGAGGCAUGGACUCUACAAGGUGUCGAAAGCGUUCCACAGGGAUGUUUUUGACACACUCAAACCGGUGCGCCUGGCACCUACUACCAUACCCCGUUCGGAAUGGCACACAUACACAAUUCAUGUCUCAAUUGUUGCAAGGCUUAAAAAUCUUUCUUUAACCUGUCUCCUCCCCUUCAUCUACACGGAUUGAAGUGGAUUUAACAGGUGACAUCAAUAAGGGAGCAUAGCUUUCAGCUGGUCAGUGUCAUGGAAAGAGCAGGUGUUCCUAAUGAUUUGUACAUUCAGUGUGUGUGACACGUUUUCCUGCCCUGUAAAAAACAAAUCAGAGACUAAAUGAUACUCCAUUUUGUUCUGAGGUGAAAAGAGGUUAAGAUUAGACAAGAGUAGGUCACUCAUUCCACCUACUUCCCACCUCCUGACGUCACCUAACCACUAACAAGUGCAUCUCUAUUAGGACUGCUAAUCGUCGUGGCAGGCAGCGCAAUCCGGGCCUCACAUAGAGACCCAUCCUAUGUGUCACUACACCCUAAAGGUGAGAGGGGACAGCUAAACAAUAUCAAAAGGAAAUAACUUGUUAAAACCAAGUAGUAACCUAUCAGAAUGCCUCUAUACUGGCAUUCAUCACUCAGCUCACAAUACGAGAGGUGCAGUCCCGCGUGGUGCACACUGGGAAACUGCAUCACUCCGCUCCUGUCAAUCAAUCACCCAGAUUAACACAGGAGUCCAUCGUUCAUCCCUGUUAAUAAAGGCAACUGGACAGGACAUAGUCUCGCUCUCCUUCCAGGCUCCCAUCUCCCUCUGAAUGGGAAACAUACAUACAGCCUCCACAGGAAAGAAAAGAGUCGGGGGGGGGGGGGGGGGGGGGGGGGGGGGGGAGAGAAUAGGUCCGAUUGGGGACAAAGGAAUAGGUAAUUCAGAGUCUAUCAUGUCAUAGACUUCAACUCAUUCCCCCAUGUUUGGUCCUUCUCAGUCUCCCAGCCCCUUCAGUCUGGGGUUGCUCCAGGCCUCGUGCCCAUGUUGGGGGGGGGUGGGGUGGUGCACAGGGUGGGCUUGCUGAGGCAUAGGGACAGGCUGGAGCACUGCUGGGCGCGGGGAGGCACAGCGACUCCUCAGCUGGACUGGCUGCCCCGCCGUGCCUCGCACAUGCAGCAGGAA